ACUAAUUCGCGAGGCUGGCUAUACGCCACUGAUAACAUUAAAUCUUUGGUAGAAUCGAACUUUGCCGUUAAGCCGAAAGAAAAGAAGUAAUAGGACAUACAUGCACCCAUAUCCAAGUGCUACUCUUAAUAUGACACACUUGUCAGACAUCUGUCAGAAUGCUCGACUGUCGAGAGCUAUUUCAUUCGGUAUUCAGUUGCAAUUUUAUGUUAUGCACUAUGCAACAUUAUGGAAUUCACUACCUACGACGGGAUUCACGAAAUAAGACUUUUCACAAUUCAUAUAAACGUCUCAAGGUGAUCUGUGGAACAAUGUUAAAGACUAAUCACAGUUGGAUAAUAUUACUGGUGUAUUGUACUGUGCAAAUGCUGUUUAAAGAUGCUGAAACCUUUUUCCUCAGGAAUUCUCGAACUGGAAAGUGUAUUUCAACAGGACGAUUCAUAUAUAGUAAAAAUUACGGUACGCCAUACCUUACUGUGAUGAUUGACGACUGCUUGAAUGGAAAAGCACAGUUCCGCUACCUCGAUAGUGAUCUGCUACAAAAUAUCAACACCAGAGGCACAUUUGUGUCGAGCACAGAUAAAGAAUAUAGGAAUCGUUUGGCUGUGUUUAAAGCGAAAGCCAGUGCAGCAUUGAGAUUUCAAAACAGUCUUGAACACCGUUUGAAGCAAACGGAUGCCGGAUCUUUAUACUUUUACAAUAUGAAAGAUAAGGUGUGUGCCCAGCCAUCCUCCCUGUCAUUUUAUGUAGAAAGAAAAACGUAUUGUGAUACCCCAGAGCAAAAGUUUACUUUUGGGUCUGUAAUACCAUACAACAGUAAGAUGAAAGAUGUCUAUUGUUCUCCGAAACAACGUAUGGUCAUCAAGAAAGCUGAUUAUGGGAAUUUUGAUAAGAAUGGCGUGUUUGAUGGCAAUGCCAACAUUGACAGAAAAUGCAGCAUACUAACGAAUUGUAAGGUGAAGUCUCUGUGUGGUGGCAACAGAUCUUGUGAAUUAACUGUUGAUAGCAGUUUGUUUACGUCAGAGUAUUGUCCUGAUACUUCAAAAGAAAUUUACAUUAAGUUUCUUUGUCAAGAUACCUACAAAGGAUUAAAAGGGCCUAAUAUCAGAUUAUCAGAAAAACCCUUCAAGGGAUUCAUCGAAAUAAAGGAUGGUUCAAGUUGGAGGAAAGUUGAUCAUGAAAACUGGGAUGCACACAGUCAGGAGGCGUUUUGUCAGUACUUGGGAUUUAAAGGUAGUAACAACAGUGCAAAAGACACCAGAAAUGUUGGGGUUGGAGAAAAUAUUGCAACUGGAGACUUCUUAUGUCAUGACCAAAAGCCAAAUCAGAUAACCUGUUGUAUUCAUCUGGAACCUGCUACAACAACUGCGAAUGUUGCCUUGCCAUACGCAUCAUGUAAAAUGUGCCAAAACUCAGUGGUAGAAAAUAUUACUAGCUAUGUUAAUGGCAUUGGUUCCGAUAAUUACAGUGAAAUAAGAUUUGCCGGAGAUGGCUGGUGUCCUAGGAGAUCUGGGGAAAAGUAUAUUCUUCUUGAUCUUCAGAAAGAUUAUCAUAUAACACGGGUGGUAGUUAUGGGUAACAAGGAUCAAACCAAGUGGGGUCGUUCAUAUACACUAAAAUACAGUCAUAAUAAAACUUUGAUCAAUGCUAGUCAUGGAAUCAAGGUAAAUGGAAACCAGAAUGGCUACCAAGCAUCUAUUACGAGCAUAGAUAUUUAUAAUGCGAGAUAUGUGAGCAUCGAACCAAUAAUCAAGACGACCGCGGAUUUUUGCCUCAGAGUGGAAUUAUGUGGAGAUGUUCAGUCACCAGCUUCUGUGGAGAAGAUUGUCGUGAAAACAUCAACACUCUCUGUUGAACUUUCAUGGAAAGUGACAAGACCUAGAAUCUCCAGUUAUCUGACACACUUUAUCAUUUACCUCAACGGCACACGAAUGCAAAGAAUCUCUCGUGAGCAGUAUGGAACUCGUUACAUUGUACGAGGACUGAGGCCCUUCACUGAUUACAUUGUUGGAAUACAGGCGCAAGACAGUUCUUUCCAGACGAGUGGAAUUGCUUUCGAAAGAUUUAAAACAAAGCAAGCCGUGCCCGAUGGCCCUCCAUUGAAAGUUGCUUUCACCUCCCGAGGCAAAGACUUCCUUAACGUAUCCUGGAAACCUCCUGAAAAAAGUUUUCGCAAUGGUGAACUCACGGGUUAUCAAAUUUGCUAUUCUACAAUGAAAAACGAUAAAAAUCCGGAAUGCUCAUUGACUGCAGCAUUUUCAUAUACUAUCACUACUCUUGAAUCAUUCACAAAGUACUAUGUGACUGUCUCUGCCGGCACGAAAGUCGGUUAUGGAAAAAAAAGUGUGGAAAUCAGUGAAAUUACAGAUGGAGGACCCCCAUUGGAUGUUGUUGUAAAAUCCCGUGGUAAAAGGUCAUUGGAAGUAUCUUGGGAAGCCCCAAAUGGACCGAAUAAUGAGUUGAUAGGAUAUCAAAUUUGCUUUCGUACAAAAGAAACGUCUUCAGAAUGCUCAGAGCUUAAAAGUACGAAGGUAUUGUCGAUAACCAUCAUUGACCUUCAGCCUGCUGCAAUGUAUUUCGUGACGGUGUCAGCUGGCACAGAAGCUGGUUAUGGAGAAAAGAGUUUGGAAGUCAGCAAAAUAACAAAUGGAGAAGCGGUGAAUCCAUUGUCGGCAUCCUAUUACAGUCUGAGCAUAAAUAUACCUGAACCAGCAGAUUAUAUUAAGGAAGUGAUCGUCAUCAUUCAGAGAGCAGCAAGCAGUGUAACUUCAAGCGAGAGUAUAGAAACGAAUGAUAUAAAAUCUUACCAGAGAGACACGAAGGAUCCUUAUGUCACUGCCUAUUUGAAGCGUGAUGUCCUGCCUUUGUCAUUCCUCAUUGGUGAUGGCAAGGAGCAUAAUUCUGAAACAGAAAAAUACUUCAACAAUCCACUAAAUCCCGAUUCAAAUUACAUCGUAUUCUUGCGAUUCUUCGAAAGCAAGAAGUCAUACUACUCAACAGAAUGGAGUUACGCUGUUAAAACUAUGGAAAAACCUACAGAGGAAUGUAAACUACGAAGUCAAUACUCAAAACAAACGACGGAGGAAAAUACUCGUAUUGAUCUUUUAAUACCUCUAGUGAUUUUCGUGUGUCUGUUUCUUCUUCUUUCACUUGGUGUACUCGUGUACAGACAUCGACAAAUUCAGAACAAAAAGUACAACAAGAAUAACAACAACGACAACAAAAACAAAAACGAUACACGAAUGUGCUUCAGACUCCAGCCAUCAACUCCAUCCAGUGGAAUAGAGGAUUCGCCCGCUUCUAAAGUUGCAUCGAAAGAUUGUUACGACGCUGUAUAUGAAAGACCCGAUGAAGUUCUGGAAUUGAUUAAUUCGAGUGGUAGCGAAUUCCAUCCAGAGAUUCCCGUUGAGCAGACUCCUCAAAUCUGCGUACUGCCUGACUCAGAAUCUCCGAAUACAUUUUAUGAAUCGCUAAAACUUCCUAGCACAAGUGGUUAUUCACCUUUGGAAAGUGAUUCGGGAAAUAACAUGAAAUAAUACCGGAUUUUUCGCAUAGCGACACUUUUCUAAUGCAAAUUGAUUUAAUAUAAUACCUUUAUGUUCAGAAAUUAGUCGAGGCAAAGUUCUUUGUGUGGUAUAUAAUA